UCCCAAAACUUAACCAGAAACUUAAAACAAAAUUUAAAAAUGACAGGAAAAAGAAGCAGAAACAUAGAAGUUGGUGCAGCAAUCUGCACAAUUCUCGUCCUUGCUCCAGUUGUUCUCUCGCAGAAUUCAUCACCGAUACCGGUAGAUAAAUCCCAAUUGAAAGCUUGGUUCAAUGCCAACAUCAAGCCUGCCUCAGCGAGAGGCAGCACAAUAGACCCUGCCCUUGCUAAGGCUGAGGUUGCAGCUCAUAUAAUAAAGGUGAAGAAAGAUGGCAGUGGAGACUUUGAUACCAUAACCAAAGCCAUUGCGAGCGUUCCGUCAGGGAACACGAAACGUGUGAUUAUAUCGAUUGGAGGUGGAUCUUAUCGCGAGAAGAUCAGAAUUGAUCGAAGUAAGCCAUUCAUUACAUUUUACGGCGAUCCCAGAAACAUGCCAAAUUUGUCAUAUGACGGUACGGCAAGGCAGUAUGGAACCGUCGACAGCGCCACCCUUAUUGUGGAGUCUGAUUACUUUGUGGCUGCUAAUAUCGUUAUACAGAACACUGCUCCCAGGCCAGACGGAGUAAUGGUGGGAGCGCAAGCGGUUUCUCUGAGAAUCUCUGGCGACAAGGCGGCUUUCUAUAACUGCAAGAUUAUCGGUUUCCAGGAUACUUUGUGCGAUGACAGGGGCAACCAUUUCUUUAAGGAUUGCUAUAUUCGAGGCACUGUAGAUUUCAUUUUUGGAAGCGGAAAGUCCUUGUAUCUGAACACGGUAUUAUAUGUGGACGGGCAAAAGGGAGUUACAGUAAUUACGGCACAAGCGAGGGAAAGUUCAUCGGAGAACACCGGUUAUUCCUUCGUGCAUUGCACCGUUACUGGAACAGCGAGCGGUGCAUAUCUGGGCAGGGCCUGGAAGACCAGCCCAAGAGUUGUGUUUGCCUACACUAACAUGAGCAGCGUUAUCCAUCCUCUUGGAUGGUCUGAUAAUUUACAUCCUGAGCGUGCCAAAACUGUUUUCUUCGGAGAAUACAAGUGCAAGGGAAAAGGAGCAAGUUUCAGUGGGCGGGAGAAAUACGCCAAGCGGCUAACCGACGGGGAAGCCAAACCUUUCCUGGUUCUUGGCUUUAUUGACGGUGCCAAAUGGCUGCUUCCUCCUCCUAGGGUCUAAAUCAAUUGUUAAUAGGGGGGGUACAUGGCUCCGGUUAAUCAAUCAGCAUGUACUUCACGCAGAGCCCGUCUGUGACUCUCUCUGUUUCUUUUUUUUUUUUUUUUUUUUUUGGUUUCCUAGUCAUUCACCAGGCGGGUGUAAAUAAGAUUGUAUGUCUUCUUCUUUUUUUCUUUCAUUUUCUUCCUACAUUGCUUGUGAACCGCAUAGGUUGUAACGAAAGGGUGUAUACCUACAUCAGUGCUACUGCACAGUUCGCUGUAGAGAAACCAAUAAAUGCAGUAAGCAGAGAAAAUUUUGUUCUACA